UGCACACCACAAUCGAUUUUAUCAAUAUAUUAUUAUUUAUUUUACACAAGUCUUGUUUUAACAAUUACAAUUACAAACCAGCGUCGAAGCAAUAAUUUGUUAUGAAUUCAAUUUUUUACUUACAGAGAGUACAAAAAUUAACCUAAAUUUGUUAUAUUGUUUUCCGAAUUGACUGCGAGUUCAGGCGAAAGGGAAUAAUAUCUCGAAUUAAAGUGCAGAAGUUUGUCAGUAUUUUAUGACAAUUUUUGCAAGUAAUUGAAGACUUGAAGAGUCAUAAGAUGAGCUCAGGUUUCAUUUCGGAGACAGAAUUGGCAGAGCAAAGGAAAACUCGCCAGGAAGAAUGGGAUAGAGUGAGAACAGCAGAUCAACCAGCUGAGGUUCCAGAGGAGAAGUUCGACCAUCGGUCGCUUUAUGACAGACUCCAGGAGCAGAAAAAUAAAAAAGAUAUGGAGUACGAAGAGGCACACAAGCUCAAAAAUAUGAUAAAGGGUCUGGACGAUGACGAGGUUGAGUUUCUGGAUCUUGUUGAUCGUACAAAACUCGAGGAAGAACGAAAGAAACACUUGGAAGAGGAAAAGGAAAUGCGUGACUUCAAAGCGAGGGUUGCCUGUUUCCAGGAGAAAUCUCUGGACGAGAAAUUGAAGCAAGAACUGAAAAAACCACAGAGUACAAAUAAAAAUAUAUCAGGGGGAAGUGCCAGGAACUCACAGCAUCGAUUGUUAGCAGGAGUUGUUGUUAAAAAACAAGAUAAAUCUCCCCCAGGUGACUCGAAAGGGACUAAAAGAAAGUUAUCGGAUUCCGAGGAAAACUCAAAGCUCCCGGAAACUUCAAAACCCUCGAUAUUGCCUGAGAGUACAGUAAACAUCUCAAAAGUCCCUCGAAAUGAGACGAAAGUCUCCGAGGAGAGGCACAAUCCUUCAGCUUUAAAAUGCAUUGGCAUCUUGCCUGGUCUUGGCUCUUACGAUGACUCAAGUGAUAGUGACAGUUCUGAUUCAGAUCACGAGCAUGAUCACGUCCAGUACGAUCUCUUAGGGCGAACAAUACCAACGACAAUGGAAAAUAAGAGCUAGAAUCUAGUUAGCCGCUGUCUCCCCUUUACAAAGUUCCCGAGAAGAAACUUUGAUCAGAAAUAUAUCCAUCUUAAAUUAUUCUAUCCAAAUAUAUAAUUCGUAUUGAUAAAAUUAUUUCGUCAAAACAAUUAUUUUCAGCUGAUGCCCAUAAAUAAUAAAUACAGGUAUUGUCGAAAUUUAUUGGUAUAUUUUAAGCAACAAUAAAAUAAUCUUUUCCAUAAA